CCACAACACCAGCACCAGAGAAAUCUCGUUUACCCUUCUCCUUUAAACUCUGCUUGCUGACACUGGGUCUUUCCCUUGCCGGGGGAACGGGAAGGGCUGCGCCCUGAGAAAUGCAGCGAGCCUGAGAGAAAGGAGAGAGUUUCUGCCUUAUUAUCUAAACCAGCAGAGGAAGAAAUCACGCCGGGAGAAGAGGAGCGGUGGCGGUGCACAGCUCUCAUUAGCGAGCCUUAGGAGCUGGUGAUGCCACAGCCAGCGGGCGAGAGCGAGCGUGGGGUCUCUGGACACGAGCGUGAAGUACGGUUUUGCUGCAGCUAGAGGGCUUUGCUGCUGCUGCACAGCCCCGUGCGGCGCCGGGUGCCUUGCCGCACACCCCAGCACCGGCUCGGGGCUCCUCCGCGCCGCUGCCCAACGCUCCCCCAUCGCCCCGGCCGGGCCCCCCCGCAAGGCCGCCGGACGCCCACGCGGGUGACAGGCCGCGGCACCCCCCCCCCCCAAGCCGAGCCGCUGCCGCCCGUGGCCAUGCCUGCCGCCGAUGCUCCACUUCUGCCGCCGACACUCCAACUUGGUGGGUGAGCCCUUCCUUGGCACGCAGGAUCGCUCCCCCCCCCACCGCCAGCAGCAUGGAGAGCGUGCGCGAGCUCCAAAACCCACUCUUGGCCAAAGCCAACGGGCACCUUCGCAGCAGCUAUUCUUACCACCAGCAUCACAGCCAGGACUACCCCAGUCAUCGCUGCCAAGGGAAACUGUAUUCCUACAUCUUCCAAAACACUGGUAGUGCCAGGACUCACCAGCUGCUGGAUGCCAGUUCCCUGCAGCUGGCCGUUGAAGCCUUGUACGGCCCCAAUUUCAUCCUCGUGAAGGAUGAGACCGCUCUCAAGGCCAAGGACAGCAAGAUGGAAAGCUGUGAGACCACUUUUACGGAAAGCAGAGAGGCUCCAUCCGAAGGUCCUGAUGGGCAUGAGGCACAAGGGUCCUGCCUGGUAGAGAGCGACAUCCGCAUCCAAACUGUGUCCUAUGAGGUGGAGGAAGAGGAGCUCCAGGAGUAUGAGAGCGACUCCUCCAGCGACAGCGAAAGUGAGGAUCAUUUCCUGAUGCUUCCCCCCCGGGACCACCUGGGCUUGGCCCUUUUCUCCAUGCUGUGCUGCUUCUGGCCCCUGGGGAUUGCUGCCUUCUACUUCUCCCAAGGGACCAGCAAGGCUGUCUCCAAAGGAGAUUUCCACCUGGCCAGUUCAGCUUCCCGCCGAGCUCUCUUCCUCGCAGCGCUCUCCAUAACCAUCGGCACAGGAGUGUACGUCGGGGUGGUGGUAGCACUGAUCGCUUAUCUCUCCAAAGGGGGACACGUAUAGCUGCCACCUGCAUGUCAGCACCGCCCCGGCUGCCAGCCCUCCUGGGAUAGAGUUUUCCUGCAGAGCACAGGGCACCGGUGCCUGCAAGGGCUGCUUGCACGGUGGGACCCUGGCUUGGAUGCCCUGACAGGCUCUUUCCCUUUUCAGACAAACAGUAGACCCCUGUUCUCCCUGAGGCUGUGGGGUGCCACCAUCCGACAGCAGGGAAUUGGGCACGGGCCUGGCUGCUGGGACCAGGAGGAGCAUGUUUGCCUGCUGGAAGAUGUGAAGGAGAGACGCUGCAUGCUGCUGCUGGGCUGGUGCCAUCACCCCUGCUCCAGGGCCAUGGCUUCCCCUCCCAGCCCCACAGCCAGGAGAUCCACCACUGGUGCCCAGGCUUAGCCCAUGAAGGGGUCACGCAGGGAAGAGAGGGGAUAUGGUGCUGGGGAAUGACCCCGGGAGGCUGGGGUCCUGCUGGGGUCUCCAGACUCCUGUGAUGGGGACAACAUUCUAAUUUCAGUGCUAUGGGGUGGUACCUGGCCCUUCAGGUGCAGCGAAGUAGGAGGACACAGCACAGACGUGACCAAAGGGCAUGCUCUCGGUAUCCCUCUGCAGAUAAACCCCUGAUCCAGGGGACAUCCUGGUCACUGGCCCAUCCCAGGCAAGAAACAAGGAAGAAGGCAGGCUGAUAGUUGCACACCAUCACUCCCAUCAUUGGAGCAAGCUGGCAAAGACAACAAGGUUUUCUCAGCAUUAAUAAUGACUGUCAUGAUAAUUGCAAGUCGGAGUCCCUGUAAAGUUGGCGUCCCACAGUGCCGGGCCCUGAAAAGACUUGUAAUGGCAAUUUCUACCCAAGAAACGACCUGGGAGGGGUGAGGAUGUGAAGGACUCCACUCUCGGCACUAAGUCAGGGCCUUGCACACAAAGAGGGAUGGAAAGAAAAGGCUGACAUGACAUGCAGAGCCUGGGGUGGGAGUGCUGUUUGCAAGGGGAUGAGAUCCAGAGAGGGGAAAGACUUGGAAGGAGCCUGAGACACAGGGGCGACCCCAACACGCUUCUUCCCAGGCCUUGGAGAGGGUUAUCUCCAUCCAACCCAAAGCUCUGCUGACAAGAAAACCCCAUGCAUCCCUGCUUACAUCUUACUUUUGCUAAUCCGUAUCUUGUCAGCAACACGUCAAGUGCUUUGGAGGUGGGUGUGAAGGCAGUUACUGCCCCAAAGGGCUGGUGUUAAAAGGUCCUGCCCCAUCCCAGCUCCCCAGCAUCCACCUUGACCCUCCCUCUCCCUGGCCAUGGCUCCCCUGCCGCCUCCUUCCCCCAUGUGCAGGGGGCUGCAGGCAGACUCUGGGCACCCAUCACCCCCUUCCCAGGGUUUCUGGGUGGGCUGCAGCCAACUCUGCAAGAGGCGCAGCAUGUUCCUCCAACUGGGUGCCAUUCAAAUGUACAUUUCAUCCUAAAGAAGCAUGUUAAUGUCUGCGAUUGCUGUUGUACUUGAGCCAUAAAAGAGAGAAGCACAUAAGAGACCUGUUCAGAAGCUGUUCUGAAAGUUUCCAUUACAUUUAUAACAUGGAAGAGCUAAUAAAAAAAGCGGGAGAAAAAACUGUUUAUAAGGACAUGGAGCUGGCUAGUGAAGAGGUGAGCUUUGCAGGAGUGCUGAGCUCACUUAAACCUGGAGGUGUUUAUGCAGUUCCUGGAGGAAGUUAUAAUCCAGCUGGUGUCUGGGCAACUCGGAGGGAGAUGUACUGCGAUGUAGAUCACAGCAAGCAGCUAGCGCUGGGAGCGGGAUGAUGAUGUAGUCUUUUUGCCAUAUGUGGAUGGACAAGAAUUAGGGGGAGAGAGAGAGAGAGACUGGAGCAUUGUGCAUGUUCAGGCUGCUCUGUGUGCAAUAGAAGCAUAAAAUAAAGUGUGCUUGAAGAGGGGCAGAAGAAUAGAAACAUCAGGAGGGAAUAAGCAGGUCCUGCUUCUGUUGGUGCACAGAGAGAGACGGAAUUUGUGGGGAAGGACUGGGGUGACAAGAAGAGAUGAGGUGGCUUAGAGAGGAGAGAUGAGGUUCACCCUCACCCAGCAGCCGAGGGAUGGUUUGCAUUCCCCUCUCCUCCACGUGCUCAGCCUUCCUGGGCAUCCAUCCCUCCAAAUAACCAAGCAGGACAGGAGUGCUAUUUCAGGAGAGGGGAUGUCCAUGGGUGCCCAUGCAGCAGGGGUGACCAGACCAAACACCCCCACAGCUAAAGUCCUCCCCACCUCUCACCCCUGAGCACCCCCAGUCGGGGAUCAUGGGUGGUUUCUGAGGGGCAGGGGUGUGAGGACCCCUGCUGAUUCUGGUCCAGACAAAACUAUUAGGGCUGCUGGACCAGAAUUGGCAAAGAGAAACUGCAUUUGCCUCUGAAUUUGUAAUUCUGCCAGCUGGUUUCCUCCAGGAGCUGCCCUGGGUGGGGGGCCAGCAGCCCCCAGCCCAUUCCCUGUGGGCACCCUGUCCCCCUGCACAACAACCCACGUCUUUGUCUUUUUUUAAUUGGAGGUGCAUAGGGAAGGACCGGGAUAAAGGGCCAACAGAAUUAAAGUGUUUUCCGCUAAUAGCCUGAA